GCUCUCGGUGUACUUUCCCUCCCGGAUGCUGAAAGGAUGGCUUCAGAGGCCCUGUGUUCCUGUGGGAGGAAAAUAUAAACGCAUGGCUUGAAGGUAUUGAGGCUCAGUAAGUAAAGAAAAAAUGCAAAGGCGGCCAUGCUCAGUAAUUAUGAGGUAUUCAAACUUCUCACGGACCUGAAGGAACAGAGGAAAGAUGCUGGAAAAAGCAAACAUAGCCCCGGACAACAGGACCUCAACACCAUCAUGUAUGAGACACUAAAGUAUUUGUCCAAGACGCCAUGCAGCAGACAGAGUCCUGAAAUUGUCAGAGAGUUCCUCACCACCAUGAUGCCUCAGAAGCUUACCAAGGCAGAAAAGCUGCAGCUGUUGAACCAACGGCCCCAGAGUGCAGUGGAAAUUCAACUUAUGGUUGAAGAGAGUGAGGAGCGGCUGACGGAGGAGCAGAUUGAGGAACUCAUCCAGACAGUUGCAGGCAUCCUGCCAGGCGACCCGGAGCAAGAAAACGCUGCAGCAGCAGAUGCAGAGAUGAACGAAGGCGCUGAACAGUCUUGACACAGAACGGACAAUGAGGUUAAAAUGAUUCCAGACAUGGGUUAGUGGUCUUAACCUGCAGCAGUUUGCAUUAGGGGGAGAAAUACUGACAAAUGGAAUAUACAGAACAUUUUAAAAUUGUUCAUUAAUAUUUUUUUUUUGUGGCAGCUUUCAUCCGUAAACGUUCCAGCAGUGCAGAGAAAAUGGGUCACAUGUAAAAUACAAAGCAGUAUUUAUUAUACAUUAAAUAUUCUCAUUAAAAAAAAUUGAUACAUCUUGA